AACAGGGAAGAAACUGUAUGGAGUAAAAGAAACGCUUACAGCAUUUUUUGUUCAGAACAGCAGGAGGGGGAAAGUCUGAAAGUUUUUUAAAGAGUUUUACAGUUUGCAGAAACUUUGGAAAGGUUAUCUUUAUUUGUCUUCUCCAAUGGGUGCAGCAGGCUGUGAGGAUGAGGAACUGGAAUUUAAACUUAUCUUUGGAGAAGACAGCGAUCCCCCUUCUCAGAUGGGACAGCAGUCCACUACAGAUCUAGAAUCAGACAGCCCCUCUCCCUACACCUGCCUUAAUUUGGACCAUCCAACACUAACAGUGAACCAGCCAAUUGGAAUACCCUGCCAUGGCAUUUCCAAUCGAAUGGGCAUGCACUCACCACCUCCGAGGCCGCUACUUGACAAGGAUUUCAAUGGCACUUUUGAAAGCCAGCCUGCCAGAUACAUAGAUCUUGGUGGCAGCAGAAUUCUUGAGUGUCCAAGCAUCAAGAUUACUACGAUAUCUCCUGAGGGAAGCCAGGGAAAUGGACAUUAUGGAAAAGACUUUAAUGGCAAUAGCUGGAACACUUUCUCAGCUGAUGGUUCCACAAAAGAUCACAUCUACUUACAGCUGGAUCCUUACACUUAUAGAGACACCUCUCCAAGUCCUGCUAGCAGUCCAUCGUCACGGAGCUGGUUCUCUGAUGCAUCAUCCUGUGACUCCCUGCAGCAGAUUGAUGAUUUUGACUCUGAGCUGAAUGAAGCUGCCUCACAUUUUAGCCUAAACUCCCCUCUUAGCUCUCCAAGAGGGUCUCCCAGGCCUUGGCCAACAGAGGAACAGAUGGGAUUCAGCACUAGGGGCUUCUCUCCAGGUCCUCUGUUUCCAUCAAGACAGUCUUCUUGUCCAUCUCCAAGGGAUGAAAACUGGUUAAGUCCACAGACUUCAUCAAGAUCUUCUUCUCGUCCUAACUCCCCUUGUGGCAAAAGAAGGUAUUCAAAUUCUGAUGCAUUCUCCACUACCUCUCCCCAUCUAUCUCCUGUACCUUCCCCAAGUCUCUCACGUCGGGGUAGCUUCACUGAUGAAUCAUCUACAGGGGACUCUUCAUCAGUAAAAAAUCCAUCCACAGGGUCUAGUUCCUCAUCUUCUGAGUAUGGGACUCCAGAAAUAGACAGCAUUCCUCAAAAGGCUAGGAAGACAUCUGCAGAGCAAACAGUAGCCUUGAUGGGAAAAGAGAACCAGAAUUGUAAUGGAUCCAUUAAAGCUUACUCUCCAAUGGUGGCUGGUACAGACGAAGGUUCUGGAUCUUAUUGUUCCAUCAGGAAGGAAAGUACUGGGAUGGAUUACCUGGCUGUACCAUCACCUCUUACAUGGUCCAAAGCAAGGAUCGGAGGGCAUAGUCCCAUCUUCAGAACUUCUGCUCUCCCUCCACUAGACUGGCCUCUGCCCAGUCAGUACGAACACUAUGAACUGAAAAUAGAAGUUCAGCCACGGACCCAUCAUAGGGCACACUAUGAGACAGAGGGAAGUCGGGGGGCUGUGAAGGCAUCUCCUGGAGGACACCCUGUCGUUAAGCUUCUCGGCUACAAUGAAAAGCCCUUGACGCUACAGAUGUUUAUCGGCACAGCAGAUGAACGGAAUCUGAGGCCCCACGCAUUCUAUCAGGUGCACAGGAUCACAGGAAAGAUGGUGGCCACUACUAGCUAUGAGGCCAUAGUGAGCGGCACAAAGAUCUUGGAGAUUACACUGCAGCCAGAGAGUAAUAUGACAGCAAACAUUGAUUGUGCUGGCAUUCUGAAGCUGCGAAACUCUGACAUCGAGCUACGGAAAGGUGAGACAGACAUCGGCAGGAAGAACACCCGGGUGAGGCUAGUUUUCCGAGUCCAUGUCCCCCAAGGAAAUGGGAAAGUGGUUUCACUUCAGACUGCAUCUGUCCCCAUUGAGUGCUCUCAGCGUUCUGCUCAGGAGCUCCCACAGGUUGACACUUACAGCACCAAUGCCUGCUCUGUCAGUGGUGGUGAAGAGCUAGUCCUGACUGGCUCUAAUUUCCUUCCUGAGUCAAAGGUUAUCUUCAUUGAGAAAGGGCCUGAUGGGAAGCUACAAUGGGAAGAAGAAGCACUAGUGAACAGGGCACAAAGUAAUGAGUCUUCUCUAGUAUUAGAAGUCCCCCAGUAUGUUAACAAGAGGAUAACCCGACCAGUGCAAGUUGUUUUCUACGUUUCUAAUGGGAAAAGGAAGAGGAGUCCAACACAGUGCUUCAAAUAUCUACCUGUCAUCUUUAAAGAAGAACCAAACCAUGACAUGCACAUGAGAACAAGUCAGCCACAAUCAACAUCAGUUUCAAAUUCAUGCAAUAGGACUGACAUGCAUCUCAGAAGUUUUCCCAAUGGGCCUAUGGAUCCUGGAGUUGGCAACAUGGGUGUGAUGGCAGGCCAUCAGCGGGACAAUUUUUUACAGUUACAUCCAUCUUGUAUGUCCAUGACACCACCAGCAUCUUUUCCACCAGUUUACAGUGGCAGUUCCCAUUCUAACACCACCAGUACCUUUCCAGAUUCCCAGUCACAAUCUGGCCAUCAGUCACAUUUGCUAAACAUUACAGAGAACAGGCAUGACUUGGAGGAAAGCUGCCAUAUGUCCUUUGAAUCUCAAGGGAGUAUUACACAGGCUCCAUAUAAUUCAAAUUUUAGAGAAACUUUGCCAUCAGGAUUCCAGUGUCUUGCACCAUAUGGUGACAGUGAGGGAGAACUAGCGAUGGGAGGCCUGUUACUGCCCCAUUUACAGAGGUCAUCAUCUUCUCCCUCCUUGGUUUGGGGAGAUUCAUCCUGUUCAAGUCCCUCACCAUCUCAGCCCUGUUUAAGUCCUCAUAUGCCUCACAGUCCAGUUCCAGUUCCUUCUGGACAUUGUACUCCACUACUAGAUCCAACUUGUGGUCAGUCAGCAUCAGCACUGUUUCCCAAUAUGCCUGUGCAAAUGAUGAUGUCUCAGAAUUCCAGCUCACAAGUCAGUGAGUCUUCUAGGCAACAGUUUGAGUGCCAUUUUGGCCAGCAGCCAGUACCUAGUGAGGUACCACCAAUGCAACAUGGCGACCAAGAGUCAAACAUAUUUAGUAUUCACAGCCACAGUGCCAUCUCAUAUCCAUUCUCUCAGCCCUCAACACAGUUUCACUUAGCAUCCAGUGAUGAUACCCCACUAAAUCAGCAUACCCCUCCUCAUUUUAUAUCAGACCAAGGGGGGAUGCCAAAUAUUCCACAAGAUACAACUCCCUCUUUUUCCCACACACCAGAAUAUUCACAUGGCCUAGGAUCUGGCUGUCAUUCACCUCAAAAUUCUAACUUCCAGAAUUCUGGAAUGCCACAGGAAUCCAAGUCCCAUUUGCACAAUAAAGAACAAGUCAAAUCCAUGAUGGAAAGCCUUCCUCAUGCCCAGAACAUGAGGAAUAAUGAUCGAUAUUGUAAUUUGAAUAUGGAACCAGGACCAUCCUCUAUGGAACCAGGACCAACCUCUGGCUUUGUUAGCCACAUUUUGGAAGACACAGGACAGGAUGCAGAAUCAGAAAAAGCUCAAUAUGAAAGUGCAUUUCAAAGCAUUCCAAUUCAAGGCAUCACUUUUGAAGAAGUGAGUGAAAUAAUAGGUCAUGAUCUCACGAAGUUUGCAGAUACUCAUUGUGAAGAAACAUCCAACUAGAUGCCGAAGAAUACCGAACUGCAGAGUACCAAAGUAUUGCUUACCUCGUGCCUUUUUUCAGUCUGCUACAGGAACAUGCAGUUAUUUCAAGUGGUGGCUGUAUCUUUGGAAUAAUAAAGGUGUCAGGAAGGAUUCGUAUCUUCAUGAGGACAUGAAGCAAAUCUAUAAAUAAGAGACAUUGUUGUACUCUGUAAUAUAAAAGAGAGACUAAAAAGUGUUUUAAGUUAUUGAUCAGCAUUGUGUUACUUAACGAGAUUGUAUUAAAUUAGGAGUCAACCA